ACAAAAAGUUGAAGCUUAAGUUUUUGCAGGUUUUAAGUAAAGAUGAUGCAGAAGAAGCUACUUCUUAAAGUAGCUUUUGUGGAUGGCCUUGGUGUCCUUGAUGGCCAGAAACCUCCUUGUGAGUGCAACAAUUGCUACACAGGAAAAGAUUGCUCCGUUCUUCUCAAAGAUUGUCCUGUCGAUGCUAACUCAGGAGACCCUUUGUUCUUGGAACCUUUCUGGAUGCGACAAGCAGAGAGCAGCGCGGUUUUGGUCUCGGGAUGGCACAUGAUGAGUUACAUUUAUCAAGAUGGGACAUAUGUGUCUCGAGAGCUCGAGAAGGUCAUUAGGAAACUCCAUAGUGUUGUGGGAAACGCUGUUACAGAUAACAGAUUCGUAAUCUUUGGAUCUGGAACCACACAAUUGCUGGCAGCAGCUGUUCAUGCCCUGUCUUUGACAAACUCAUCAUUAUCAUCACCUGCAAGGCUUUUGACUUCUAUUCCAUACUACUCUAUGUACAAGGACCAAGCUGAGUUCUUUAAUUCAGCACAUCUCAAGUUUGAAGGAGAUGCGUCUGCGUGGAAGCAGAGCGGACGCAAUGAUAAUAUCACACAAGUUAUAGAGGUAGUGACAUCUCCGAAUAAUCCAGAUGGGAAAUUGAAAAGAGCGGUUCUUAAUGGUCCUAAUGUGAAAACAGUUCAUGAUUAUGCUUAUUACUGGUAUUUCACACCUAUUACACAUCCAGUUGAUGAAGAUUUGAGCUUGUUUAGUCUCUCCAAGACUACAGGUCAUGCUGGCUCCAGAUUCGGGUGGGGAUUGGUAAAGGACAAAGCUAUUUAUGAAAAAAUGGACAGAUAUAUACGUUUAACUAGUAUGGGAGUUUCCAAAGAUACACAGCUACAUGUGCUGGAGUUGCUCAAAGUAGUAGUUGGCGAUGGAGGAAAUGAGAUAUUCAAUUUUGGCUAUGGAACUUUGAAGAAAAGAUGGGAGAUACUGAACAAGAUCUUGUCCAUUUCCACGCGUUUCUCGAUCCAGACUAUCAACCCUGAGUACUGCAACUAUUUCAAGAAAGUCAGAAAGUUUACUCCUUCUUAUGCAUGGGUGAAGUGUGAGAGACCAGAAGAUACAAACUGCUAUGAGAUUUUCAGAGCGGCGAAGAUAACAGGACGCAAUGGCAAUGUGUUUGGAUCAGAAGAAAGGUUUGUUCGAUUGAGUCUCAUCAGAUCACAAGAUGACUUUGAUCAGCUUAUUGAUAUGUUGAAGAAGUUAGUCUCCGAGGAAGCCGUAGGAACUGACUCCAUCUGAACAACUUGAUGUAUUUAGUAUUUACUUAGGCCUCUUUAAUUAAGCCUAGCGUUAGGCCCAUUCUAUAAAACCUCCGUUUCUAU